AUGACAAACCUGAGAGGGUUUCAUCAACAAGAUUCUGAUGAAUCAUCUAACCCGAUGAAGGUUGAUACCCUUCAAGAACCAGCCCCUUCAUUUAAAAUGAUCGACAACAAUGAAAAGCUACAAGAAUUUACUCAAAGUAGAGGAAGUAGAGGUCUAUCUUUUGUCUCAUAUUGUAAAGCUGAUAUUGUACAAGAUAACGAAUGA